CACUCAUAAUUUUCCCCCUGGACUUUCCCUCUCCCCAAAAACCUCAUUUCCGAGAAAAAGAGAAGCUCAGGUAGCAGGAAGGAAAUGGCUGAUCAGCUUACCGAAGACCAGAUCUCUGAGUUCAAGGAGGCCUUCAGCCUCUUCGACAAGGAUGGCGAUGGUUGCAUUACUACCAAGGAGCUGGGGACUGUGAUGCGAUCACUUGGACAGAACCCUACCGAGGCAGAACUCCAAGAUAUGAUCAACGAAGUUGACGCUGAUGGGAAUGGGACCAUUGAUUUUCCUGAAUUCCUUAACCUCAUGGCAAGGAAAAUGAAAGAUACUGACUCAGAGGAGGAACUUAAAGAGGCUUUCAGGGUGUUUGACAAGGACCAGAAUGGCUUCAUAUCAGCUGCUGAGCUCCGCCACGUUAUGACAAAUCUUGGUGAGAAGCUUACAGAUGAGGAAGUCGAUGAGAUGAUCCGCGAGGCCGAUGUUGAUGGUGACGGGCAGAUCAACUACGAGGAGUUCGUCAAAGUCAUGAUGGCCAAGUAAGGAUCUCUUCAACCAUAACCAAGAUCCAAAAAUGGCAAUAUCAAAAAGAG